GCCAUGAAGAUAACGGGGGUUUUCGUAAAGGUGGCUCUAGCCCUUUGCUGCUGCUUGGGUAUUGCCUUUGGAGUUGAGAUUGAUUGCAGCCAGUAUUCCAGCGGUAUCGGCAAGGAUGGGACGGCCUGGGUAGCUUGCCCGAGGAACUUGAAGCCAGUCUGCGGCACCGACGGCGUCACGUACAGCAACGAGUGUGGGAUCUGCUUUUACAACACGAAACACAGAGCCAACGUGGAGAAGGCACAUGAUGGAGAAUGCGAGCCAAAACCUAUUGUGAUCGAUUGCAGUAGGUACCGAAGAACUGUAAUAGGUGAUCACGUCCUGGUAGCAUGCCCAAGGAUACUGAAACCAGUCUGUGGCUCAGAUAGCUUCACUUAUGACAACGAAUGUGGGAUCUGUGCCUAUAAUGCAGAACAUCACACCAAUAUUAGCAAAAUGUAUGAUGGAGAAUGCAAGAACAAGAUUGUCACUAUUGACUGCAGUAAGUACCCAACAACAGCCACUAAGGACAGCAAAGUAUUAGUGUCAUGUCCAAGGAUCCUGAAUCCAGUUUGCGGCACAGAUGGCGUUACAUAUGACAACGAAUGUGAAAUCUGUGCCCACAAUGGAGAGCACAGGACCCAUGUUGGCAAAAAGCAUAAUGGAAGAUGCAGACAGGAGGUUUCCGAGAUCGAUUGCAAUCAAUACCCAUCAAGAAUUGUUAGGGACGGUAAGGCCAGGAUAGCCUGUCCAAGGAUCCUGCUCCCAGUCUGCGGCACAAACGGAUAUACUUAUGACAACCCAUGUGGCAUCUGUGCCUACAACCUAGAACAUGGGACUCACGUUAAGAAAAGCCAUGAUGGAAGAUGCAAGGAGGAAAGCACUCCUGUUGACUGCACCAGAUACUUGAGCAAUACCAAAGCCGGCGAAGCCAUCGCAGCCUGCCCCUUCAUCCUGCACGAGAUCUGUGGGACAGACGGUGCCACCUACAGCAAUGACUGUGCCCUGUGUGCCCAUAACAUUGAAUUUGGAACCAGUGUUGCCAAGAAGCAUGAUGGAAGGUGCAGAGAGGAAGUUCCCGAACUCAACUGCAGCGAGUACCCAACUUCCACGCUGAAGGACGGCAGAAACCUGAUGGCCUGCACGAUGAUCUACGAUCCCGUCUGCGGUACUGAUGGUGUCACUUAUGCCAGCGAGUGUGCACUGUGUGCCCACAAUCUGGAGCAUCGGUCCAAUGUUGGCAAAAGCAAGAACGGACCCUGUGAAGAGGAUAAUACAAAAGAGCAUUGCAAGGACUUCCAAGAAAUCUCUCCUAUCUGCACCAUGGAAUAUCUGCCCCACUGCGGCUCUGAUGACAAAACAUAUGGCAACAGAUGUCUUUUCUGCAAUGCCUACCUGAAUAGCAAUAGGACUCUCAGCCUCGUGAGUCUGACUGAAUGUUAA